AUGGGUUCUGUACCGCCUGCCUCGUCGCUGCCGGCCCUGGCCACCAACCCAAAGGCCAUUUUCUUUACCGACUUUGACGGCACAAUUACGCUGCAGGACUCCAACGACUACAUGACGGACAACCUGGGGUUCGGCGUUGAGCUGCGGCGCCAGGGCAACCGCGACGUGCUCGAGGACAAGAAGACGUUCCGGGACUCGUUUCGCGAAAUGCUCGACAGCGUCCAGGCGCCCUUUGACGAGUGCGUGCGCACGCUGCUGGCCAACGUAAAGCUCGACCCAAAGUUUGCCGAGUUCAACAGCUGGUGCCGCGCCAACAAUGUCCCCAUUGUCGUGCUCUCGGGCGGCAUGCAGCCCGUCAUUCGCGCCCUGCUCGCUCACCUCGUCGGCGAGGAGAAUGUCAAGGGCAUGCAGAUUGUUAGCAACGAUGUGGCUCCCCGCCCUGGCAAGAGCAUCAACGACGUGGGCGGCUGGACUAUUGUCUACCACGAUGACAGCGGUUUUGGACAUGACAAGUCCCUCGAGAUUCGACCGUACGCGGCGCUGCCCGAGGGCCAGCGCCCCAUCAUGUUCUACGCCGGCGACGGCGUGUCGGACCUGUCGGCCGCAAAGGAGACGGACCUGCUAUUCGCCAAGGCCGGAAGAGAUCUCGUCUCAUACUGUGACCGAGAAAAGGUGCCGUACACCGUCUUCAACGACUUUGGCGAUAUCCACAAGGUCGUCAAGAGCGUUCUUGAUGGUGAGAUCACCGUCCAGCAGGCUGCCGUCAACAAGUCAUAA